GGAGAGAAAACAGGAAGUGGACAUUGCAGAAAUGUGAUCUUGCUUCCUCUUUUUUCUUACAAGAGUAUAAUUUGUCAUGUAAAACGUUACCCACAGUUUCACCCUAUCUGCUACCUUCCACAGACCUAAGUUGGUUUGUGGGCUUCUGGAUAUUUUGACCUCUCUUCUCAAGACUUAGCGAGGGGGGAAAAAUGCAGAUCGUCUUUGGGAUCCUGCUGAUGUUCACAGGAGCUGCCUCGGGUUCACUGUUUCAGGAUCAUGUUGUCUGUAGAUUUACUCAGAGUAAUCAGUGUUAUGUAGCUGUGGGACAACCUCUGCACCUGCAAAUGCCCCAGGAGGAUGGGUUUGAACUAAAGACCACUAGUAUAAUUUUAAGAUAUAGAAAAACCCAAAGUCCCCCACCAACACCACGUCUCCCAAGAUGGCAGUUUGUUAAUGAUAAUAAAACUAUGAUACUAACCAGUGCAGAGAGGAGCGACUCUGGAACAUACACUUUAAACAGCUUUGAUGUAAACGGGAUAAGUAAAGGCAGUUCUACUCUCCAGGUGAACAUUGAAGCCAGGGUGUCCUCAGUGGAAUUGUCCUACAGCUGCUUGUUCUCUGAGGUCAGGAAAGUGUACUGUUCUGCUGAUGGAGACAACCUCCGCUUCAACUGGACUUCUGAUUCAAUCACUCGAUUGGAGGAUGACAACAAAACUCUCGUACUGGAUAAAAAGCAUAAUGACAAAGUCACCUGUCAUGUCGAAAAUCACGUCAGUCAGAGCCAAAAUUCCACUGAACUCCCAGAAUGUGCUGAUCUCACUUUGCCUAUCCUGAUCUCGGUUUGUGUGAUCCUCAUUGUGCUAGCUGUCUUAGCAUUCUGCAUCUACAAGAAGAGACAAGACCUAAUGAACAAAGAAGCCUCUUCUCAGGACAACAAGGAGCUUGUGUAUGCAGAGGUCACCCAUUCAGCCACGAACAGGACAGAGACAAGACCCACCCCAGUGCAGUACGAGGGUGUGGAGUACGGCACAGUGGUCACUUCCAACCAGAAGAAGAAAGAGGACGAGGUGCAGUACGGAGAGCUGGUGUUUAACACUCCUGCACAAAAGAAGAGCAAAGUGUCCAAAGUACAGGAAGAGUGUGUGUACUCAGGGGUCCAGCACAGUCAGUGAGUGUCACAAUCUCAGUCUGUUUCAGGAUGAAGCAUUAACAUAGAUUUUUUUGUUUCUUUCCUUUGUACAGAGCUUUGUUGCUCUGAUCAUCCUGGUAGAGGAAGUUGAUGACAUUUCAACCAUACAAACUAAACUCCACUUACAGUGAAACUAUUUCAGUAUCUGGUUAUGCAAUUGCUGAUUUUUUUCAGGCUGAACAGCAGAACAAUGGUUUGUCCGUCUUGCUUUCUAGAACUCAGGUAACUGUUUGUGUGGAGUUUUACAUGUGCUCACUGCAUCCAUGUGGUUUCCUCUGACCUCCCAAAACAUACCAGUUGGUGUACUGGCUAUGCUAAAUUUCCCUGUGUGUGUGUGUGUGUGUGUGUGUGAGAAAGAGAGAUGCAUUACAGAGGACUGUUAUAGACUCUGCAUAUAGACUAUAGAUAGUUUUUCCACAAUGAAACAGUGUUCAUAGUUAGUUAUUUAUUUUAAUGAAAAACACUCAUCACUGAUUCUGUACUCACAGCACAAAAAGAUAUCUUAACAAAUAUCUUUAUUCUUGUUUAGAAAUAAAAGCUUAUAUAUAAGUUUUGCUGUUGUUUUUUCUUGUUUUCAUGCUUGUGUCAUCACCAUGGUCCUUAAUCAUAAGUAAGGCUUUUGGGACUCGAUUAAAAAAUUGUUUCAUGAUUGUAGAGAAAAUAAAAAGGAAGUUUCUUGUUGCAGUUUUAAGUGUUAACCCACAAAGCUGCAGCUUCCUAAGCAGAUCACACACUGUUUGAGUUGCUCAAUUUUUUUUCAAACCAUAAAAUCUAUAUUAAGCCUAUAUUAAUAAAGUCUAUAUUUUAUUAAAAAAAAAGAUUAUGUGAGUGAAAUAAAUGAUCAAAAUGUCUAAUAUUGUUCAGCUGUAAAUAGACUUUCAGUUUAUAUGAUGGCUAAAACUUUCAGUGGUGUUGAUUUAAAUGUCUGUGGCUUGUAUUUUGUCAGGAGUUAUAGGGACAGUUCCUUUCCAGACCUCUAGGGGUCCUGACAAGUGGUUUAUUUAUUAUUGUUAUUCCUAUGUUGGUGGUGCCACGCCCUUUCCUCAUGUGUUUUCUCGAUUUCUCACCUGUCCCUUGUUUUCCCUUGAUGUGCUGCUUUAUAUAUGUUUGUCCUUCUGUCUUGGUCAGUGUCAGUCAUUAUGUUUAUAUAUGUGUGGACGUAACGGUGUGUGUGUGCUGUAAGGCCGGACGCUGUGUUAUUUAGGUUUUUAUGUUAUUGUCAUGUUUUGUUGAGGUUAUUUAAGUUUCCAUGUCAUAGUUCUGGUUUAUUUCUGUUAAUGUUAAUGUAGUUGUAUUUUGUUUUGUUAAAUGAAAGCAGUGCAUGUACUGGAGCCCUGUGUUUGGGUCUGAUCUGCUACUGUGGGUGAUCAAGCUUAUGGUGGAGAUCCGGGUUUGAUCCCCGCCAUCGGCGGUGUCCGCCCCAUUCAUUACUGAUUUAUUAAAAUUAUGUUUUUAAAAAUAUAAGUAUAUUUUAUUCCUGAUAUUCUGUAUUAUCUAUCACUAUAAGACCUCAGCACAUUUCCUUUUUGUUUUCUGUGAAAUGAUACCAAAAAAGGAAUUUGUUCAGUUAGACUGUGUUUAUGAGUGUGUGUGAUAUCGUGCCUUAAGAGUUAACGCCUGAGGUUUUACACCACUGUUAACUCAGGGGCAGAAACUUUAUUUCUGCAGGCGACUGGCUGAUCAGUCCGCAAAGUCAUGAGUUUUUUUUUUGUUUGUUUGUUUGUUUGUUUUUUAAACCUAUAAAUAUAGAUUUCAAAAUUGCGUUAUAAUGUAAUAAUUAAUGGAAAUCAUAUUUCUGUAAUAUUUCUGUAAGAAAAUAAUAAAGUCUUCUAGCUUACAUGCCA